AUGGCAACAGUGCGACAGUACCAUCGUACUAUCGCAUGGUCCUCAUCGUCCUAUCGCUUUGUCGCCAUCAUGGAGACCUCCAACUUCAGCAUCACCAUCCUAAGCACGGGCUGGGUUUACUGCAUCCAAGGGCUGGAAGGAAGCCCUCCUGACGCAAAGACCCAGCACACCACACCCCCGGACAGCUGCAUCAUAACUAGGGUAUCCGACCCGGGAUAUUUGGCCACGCCCAUCUGCAUGGUCCAAUGUGCCUUGGUGCUCCUCAAGGAGAUCACGGAGGAGAAAUUUAAGUGUGUGCACCAACGGCCCGCCAUUUUCCGCGGGUCCAGCCUUAUCGACCGACUGCACAAGAACAACGUCAAGUUUGAAGUGGUGACCGAGCACACUGCUCUGUGA